AUGUCAAUCAUCGAAAGAACAAAUCCAUUGAAUCUGCAAUUCUGCGUGUGCGUCGUGCUUAAUUGCAGCUGCCCUCUGGGCAUUACAAUCUCCAAAACCCUCCUCAAAGCAAACGCCUUGGUACUAGGUGUCGACUCUCGCCCAAAGGAUGAGUCUUUGAACGCCGGGCUAGGAACCCAUUUCCAGUACGAGCAGAAUUCUCCCGGAGACGUUUCGAGUGAGCAAAUUAUGAAGAUUGUGGAGGACAGAUAUGACCAGCAACGAAUGGAUGUCGUGAUCAACAUCGUGGAAGCUGGGCAGGAGGAGGGCGUGAAGGAUGCUGUGGAAUUGAUGGAGGGUCUGGCCAAGGUAAUUGCGGAUGGAGCAAGAGGUAAAGGAGCUCUCGUCACUGUUAUGGGUGAUGCUCAUGACCCGGAAGCUGCUCAUGUGCAGAACGUGAUCGACUUCUCCAAAGACCUGGCGUCAAAAUUCGGGAAGAGAGGAGUAAGGUGCAAUAUUGUCUUGGGUGCUGUUGCGAUUGGAAGAGACAAAACAUCAUACGAGGCCGCCAAGGAGAAUAUGCAUGCGCUGAUGAAGACUGAGAGGAUUGCAAAUGAUGUGUCUUCGGUCGAUCAGGCGAAGCAGCCAGUCGCAGAGCUAUACGACGUUGGAAAUGUCACCCUGUUCUUGGCGGGCGACAUGGGCGAGAAUAUUUCUGGUGCGAUAGUGGCUCGGGACGGCUCAUACCACGAAAUAUAG